AUGGCCGCGACGACAACCACGGCGGCGAGUAUCAGCGCCGGAGCAGGAGCCGGAGGAGCUGAGGAUCGUGUUCUCGCGACGGCUCAGCAGAUCGUGAAGAGUCUCAACACACCGAAAGAGGUUCGUGAAGAUAUGAUGCUUAUCUUCUCCAGCUUCGAUAACCGUUUGUCGAAUAUCAAGACGGUGAUGUCUAACCAGGAGGAAGACGACAACGACGCUCUUUUGGCUCGUUUGGAAGCCGCCGAAACCGUUAUCCAUCGCUGGGACGGUGGCAACGAUUCCUCUCGCCACUCCUCCUCGUCUUCCGGUAACCACCGUUACUCUUCCUUUUCUCUCUCCUUCGACGAAUCUCCCGAGGAAGCUACGGAGUUUCUUUCAGCUGUCGAUGAGAUUAUCUCUCUCCUUGAGGAUCUUUCGUCCGAGAACAAGCCUGACAUGGUGGACCGAGCUGACAGUGCUUUGCAGAUGGCUAUGUCUCAUCUGGAAGAUGAAUUCCGGCGUAUAUUGAUCCGAAACACUGUUCCUCUGGACGCCGAGCGACUCUAUGGCUCCAUGCGGCGUGUUUCUCUCUCCUUUGCAGAUGGUGAUGUGGUCGAGGACUUUGAGAAUUUUGGUUUGGUUGCAGAUGGAGAUGGUAGUGGUAGUGGAAGUAGGAGGAGGCUGUUCCAUGAGAGAGGAGGGAGCAUAGGUUGUGAUCUUUGGGUUGACUUGAUAAAUCCGACUGCAGUGGAAGAUUUGAAAGAGAUUGCGGAGCGGAUGAUCCGUGCUGGUUAUGAGAAAGAGUGUGUUCAGGUUUAUAGCACAGUGAGGCGUGAUGCCUUGGACGAAUGCUUGAUGAUUCUUGGUGUCGAGAAGCUGAGCAUAGAAGAAGUGCAGAAGAUAGAUUGGAAGUCCAUGGAUGAGAAGAUGAAGAAGUGGAUUCAAGCUAUGAAGAUCACUGUUAGGGUUCUUCUAGCUGGUGAGAAAAAGCUAUGCGAUGAGAUUUUCAGCGCUUCAGAAUCGAGCAGAGAAGUGUGCUUCAACGAGACAACCAAAAGCUGUGUGAUGCAGUUGUUGAAUUUUGGAGAGGCUGUGGCAAUAGGUAGGAGAUCGUCAGAGAAGCUGUUUAGGAUUUUGGACAUGUAUGAUGCAUUGGCUAAUGUGUCCCAGAACCUAGAGGUGAUGGUCACUGACAAUUUUGUGUGUAACGAGGCCAAGGGGGUGUUGGAAGCUCUGGGUGAUGCUGCAAGGGGGACUUUUGUUGAGUUCGAGAAUAAUGUUAGGAAUGAAACGUCAAAGAGACCCACGACAAAUGGCGAGGUUCAUCCGAUGAUACGAUACGUGAUGAACUACAUGAAAUUGAUUGUGGAUUAUGCUGCUACCCUAAAUUCGCUUCUGGAGAAUGAUGAAUUAGAUGGCACAUCUGGGGAUGAUUGUACAGAGGAGAUGUCUCCUCUUGCGAAACGCAUGCUGAGGUUGAUUACGUCCUUAGAAUCAAAUCUGGAAGAGAAAUCAAAGUUGUAUGAGGAUGGUGGGCUGCAGUACGUGUUCUUGAUGAACAACAUUUACUACAUAGUUCAGAAGGUGAAAGACUCUGAGUUGGGUAAACUCUUGGGUGAUGAUUGGGUUAGAAAACGGCGAGGACUGAUACGUCAGUAUGCUACUGGUUACCUCAGGGCCUCCUGGAGCAAGGUGCUAUCUGCUUUGAGGGAAGAAAGUAUGGGCGGAGGCUCAAGUGGUAGCCCGAGUUAUGGACAAAGAAGCAACAACUCGAGUAAUUCCUCCAAGAUGGCCUUAAAGGAAAAAUUCAGAGGAUUUAAUGCCAGUUUUGAAGAGUUAUAUAGGCUUCAAACAUCUUGGAAGGUCCCGGAUCCACAACUUCGUGAAGAAUUGAGAAUAUCUAUAUCAGAGAAAGUAAUUCCGGCAUACCGGGCUUUCUUUGGAAGGAAUAAGAGUCAACUAGAAGGUGGUAGGCAUUCGGGAAAGUACAUAAAGUACACACCAGAUGACCUGGAGAGUUACUUACCGGAUCUAUUCGAAGGAACUCAAUUGGUUAUUCACCACCCGAGAAGGAAAAGUUCUUAA